UGUCGAUCACGUGAGCGCCGCCGCUGCCACUGGUGAUCUAAGAUGGCGGCUAGUAAUUAUUAUGGAUUCACACAUGCAGCCGCUGCAGCCACCGGCCCGCAAUACAGCACACAGCCGCCCCCUGCAUAUACCCACCCAACCACGGGCAGCUAUAGCGUUCAGCCCGCCCCAGGUGUGGCCCACGCUGUCACCGCCUCCUACCCGGCACCCACCGCCCAACCUGUUCGGCCGGCAGCACCUGCCCCCUAUCCCACUUACCAGACCCAUCCUGCCCCCAACUAUGGGUACCGGCAACCUGAACCUACCCCCCAACCGACGACCACCCCUCAAACCUACCAGGUUUUAGCAGAACCGGAGAACUAUACUUAUGGACGACCUCCAUCAGUCAGUACCUAUGACAACAAGCAGUAUUUUCAAACAACCAUCGCACCUGCACAACGCACCGCAACAGAUGCCUACUUCCAAACAGGGUUGAAAAGUGUCUAUAGCCCCGUGAGUACAGCGUACAGCCAACCCCCUGUUCAGAGGCAGGUCGCGACUUUAAAACCACCACCUGCUCCCAGCUCCGUGUCCUCGAGCUACACGAUCUACCCAACGUCCACCAGCGUGCAGCAAACUCCAACCCCGAUAUCCACUUACACCCCCAGUUCUUCCUUCAACUCUACAGCUGCGACGUCUUACUCUGGCCAUAACUAUUCCAGCUAUGACUCUAGCGGUUACACGUCCGCUCCGUCGUACUUCCAGCCGGCCCCGCAGCCCCAGCCACAACCCCCAGUGCAGCAACCGCAGCAGGCUCCCCCGCAGCAGCAGCAGCCGCCCUCCAAACAGCUCACCAACUCCUCCUGGAGCAACACAGGGGGACACACGGCGUCCAACCCAGGGAUUAACGCAUACAAAAAGCCAGCGUUUCACCAAAACAAGAUCCAGAAACCCAAAGGCCCACCUAAACAGCCUCAGCUGCACUACUGCGACAUCUGCAAGAUAAGCUGCGCUGGCCCACAGACGUAUCGAGAACAUCUGGAAGGACAGAAGCACAAGAAGAAGGAAGCGGCUCAGAAAAGCGGCAGUCAGGUGACUAACGGAUCUCGUGGAGUCCAGACGCAGCUGCGCUGUGAGCUGUGUGACGUGUCGUGCACCGGCGCCGACGCUUAUGCUGCGCACAUUCGAGGAGCCAAGCAUCAGAAGGUGGUAAAGUUGCACACUAAGCUAGGAAAACCCAUUCCAUCCUCCGAGCCUGUUUUCGUGAGCUCUACCCCUGUUACGGUGACGUCAACGACUACUGGCAAAACAUCAGCUGCGACGGGCUCCACCCCUAGUGCCAUCACGCAGAAGACGUCAGCUCCAUCCAAACUCAUGGCUGCCCCUGUGAAGAAACCUACGCCUCCUAAAGUUUCUUUCAUCGCGGGUAAAACCUCCGCACCAGCCCCUUUGAAGAUCGAGGAGCCGAAGCCCUCUGUGGUCAAGACGGACCCUAUGAGUGAUGAUGAUGAUGCUGAUGGACAGGGAGCACAAGGAGACAUUCAGCCCGUCGGACACGACUAUGUAGAAGAGGUUCGAAAUGACGACGGCAAGGUGAUUCGCUUCCACUGUAAACUGUGUGAAUGUAGCUUUAAUGAUCCGAACGCUAAAGACAUGCACCUGAAGGGUCGAAGACAUCGCCUGCAGUACAAGAAAAAAGUGAACCCCGAUCUUCCGGUGGAGAUCAAACCUAGUAAUCGAGCAAGGAAACUUCUGGAAGGCAAACUGAGAAAACAGAAGCAGAAGUCCGUGCUGAAAAGACAACAGGAGGACGAGCAGCGUUGGCACAUGGAGAUGAGGAGGUACGAGGAGGACUUGUACUGGAGGAGAGUGGAGGAGGAGCAAAUAUACUGGGGGGAGCAGAGGCGCAGAAUGGCUCCGCCUCCUCUCAUGGGCCACCCCAGCAUGCCCGUGCCACCCCUAUUGGCCGUACGCCGCCCAGAUUCGCCCGAUGACCGACACAUCAUGGCCAAACACUCGACCAUCUACCCUGGGGAGGAGGAGCUUCAGGCCGUGCAGCGAAUCGUCUCGCAUUCUGAGCGCGCCCUGAAACUGGUCUCUGAUUCGCUGCUGGAGACUGAGGGGUCGCCAGUAGAUGACAAAGAAGCAACUGACAAGCAAUCUGAAUCUCAGCCUCGUGUCCUGAAAGGAGUCAUGCGUGUUGGAAUUUUGGCCAAAGGCCUCCUGCUCCGCGGCGAUCACAACGUUCAGCUCAUUCUGCUGGCGGAUAAGAAACCGACCAUCUCUCUGUUGAAAACCAUCGCUGAACAGCUGCCCAAACAGCUAGCGUCCCACAGAAAAACCCUACUGACGUUCUCAACAGGAUCAAGUGCCUUGAGUAUUUAGCGGCUCUGCGUCAUGCUAAAUGGUUUCAGGCCCGGGCGAAUGGUCUUCAGUCAUGCGUGAUCGUUAUUCGGAUUCUGCGGGAUCUGUGUCAGCGUGUGCCUACCUGGAGCAAGAUGCCCGACUGGGCCAUGGAGCUGCUCGUGGAGAAAGCCAUCAGCAGUGCAU